AUGGCGGCCAUUCCGCUACAGCAGGCUACUUUCAACCCCCCAAACACUACGUACGUCAAAAAUCUCUAUGAGCGUAUUAAGAUUGAUCAGCUCAAAGAAACCCUCACAGAAAUCUUCUCGGAAUACGGCAACGUGAUCGAUGUCGUGGCAAAGAAGAAUCUUAGAGCCAAAGGUCAAGCCUUCGUUGUAUUUGAUGAUGUAGAUGCCGCCAAAAAUGCAAUCGAAGAGGUACAGGGUUUCGAACUUUUCGAUAAGCCUAUGGCUUUAGACUUUGCUAAAAGCAAGAGUGAUGCUACAGUCCAAAGAGAAGGCACAGACGAAGAUUUCGAGGCUCAUAAGCGAAAAAGACUUGCAGAGAAGGAACGAAAACAAGCUGCUGAGGCUGCAGAAGCCGCCAAAAAGCUCAAACGUCCGCCAGCUGUGCCAGACGCCGCCACUUCUAGACCCUCAAAAGCUGUGAAGGGUGCCGGACUUAAAUCGUCAAAUCCAGCGGCAGGACCUGUGAUCCCAGAGGAAUAUCUCCCUCCAAACAAGAUUCUCUUCGUGCAGAAUUUACCGGACGAGUAUGGCGUCGAAGGUCUCACAACAAUCUUUGGCAGAUUUGAUGGUUUCAAAGAAGUGCGCUUGGUACCCGGACGAAAAGGCAUCGCCUUCGUGGAAUAUGAAGCUGAAGCAGGCGCUAUAAAUGCGAAGGAGAGCACGGCCGGUAUGACCCUUGGCGACGAAUCUAAGCCUGUCAAGGUCGUGUACCAGCGACAAUAG